ACAAGUCUCUGAGGCGUAACAGAAACCAAAAAAACAUGAAGAAGAAAAGAAAGAACAAACCAUCUUCAACACAAAUCCAUGGCUUCUACAACUUCCACUUAUGCUCGAACGUCUUGUACUAUUCUCUUACCCAAAAUCCAUAACACCACAAAGUUCAGAGACGAACCUAGAGCAUUUAGAAAGAUAACAUCAAGAAGAGUGACGCGUAUUUACGCGUCACAAGGCCCGAAAAAACCGCCAAAACCGUCUCCCGGAGUAGACACAAGAAUCCAUUGGGAAAGCCCGGACGAAGGCUGGAUCGGAGGAGGAUCAAACUCGACUAAAUCAGUUGAAGAUGACAAAACCAAUCUCUUCAGUGAUGAAAAGUUUGCUGAACUAAUCAAAGACUCUUUUGAUUCUCAUUACCAAUUCUUAGGUGUCUCAUCAGAUGCUGACUUAGAAGAGAUCAAAUCAGCCUACAGGAGAUUAUCAAAAGAGUAUCAUCCAGACACAACUUCAUUACCACUUAAAACAGCUUCAGACAAGUUCAUGAAACUAAGAGAAGUCUACGAUGUUCUGAGCGAUGAGGAGACACGUAGGUUCUAUGACUGGACAUUGGCUCAAGAAGUAGCGAGUCGUCAAGCUGAGAAGAUGAGAAUGAAGCUUGAGGAUCCAAAAGAGCAAGAGUUUAGGAGUUAUGAAUCAAUACCUGAUAUGGUAGACAGGUUAGGUGGGAAGAACAUGGACCUUAGUGAUCAAGCAAUGACUGCUCUCACGUUUGAUAUUUUCAUCAUAUUAUUCGCUGUUUGUUGUAUAGUGUUUGUGAUUGUUUUCAAAGAUCCUUCUUACUAGGUGAGGAUCUUUGUGUAUAUGCAUAUGUAGAAGGAAGAUUAAUAACACUUAUAAGGUUAUAUAUAGCAUAUAUGAAUUAACCAAAUUUGAACA